GAGGACGGGCGGCCUCGGAGCUGCGUGAACAGCCAGCUCCGCAAGACCAGGCUGUGCAGGUACAACGCCAUGGGCACCUGCAGGCGCGGCUACGGUUGCGCGUGGGCGCACUCCGAGGCGGAGCUGCACGCCAGUCCGGACCUGACCAAGACUCGGCUGUGCGCGGCGUUCCAACAGCAGGGCUGGUGCAAGGAUGCCAGGUGCCUGUUCGCGCACGGAGAGGAGGAACUCCGCUCCACGAGCACGUUCUAA